UCCUUGCAGCUUGUCCGCAUGGAAUGACAGUCCAAUCUGGCCUUCUGUCUCAUAUUCAUACCUGAAGUGUGCUGCCUGUUUAAGCUACAGUAGCUAGCUAGCUAUAAAGGACGACAGACUCAUUUUUAACGGAGGCGACAACAAGGCAACAACAAUGUCCAAAGACACCGAACGUAUGAGCGAGAAGAUAAUGGAGUCGAAGGUAUUAUGGUACCCAGACUCAAAGAAGAACACACAAAUGGACAGAUUCAGGACACAGGUGAACAGAGACUUUGGGCUUAAUCUAGCCAACUACAAUGACCUGUACCAGUGGUCUGUGGAGAGCUACCCUGAGUUCUGGGCUGAGGUGUGGCGUUUCUGUGGGGUAGUAAGCUCCAGGAUGUAUGAGGAGGUGGUCGAUAUCUCCAAGAGGAUAUCGGACGUCCCAGAGUGGUUCAAAGGAAGCCGCAUGAACUAUGCUGAAAACCUGCUAAAGCACAAAGACCAGGACAAGGUGGCCCUCUAUGCUGCUAGUAAGUACGGCUGAGGCAAUUCAGUCAAU